AUGGACUCCAGCACUAUGACACUGAGGAACAGAGGUGCGAUUCCUAUUCUUUUACGUUGGUUUUUGGUCCUUUCAUGGCAAUAUCUGAGUAUUUUGAUUCUAUUUGUGAACCUCUGCAUUGGAAAAGAUGCCCAAAGGAUGGAAAAGAUGCAUGCUACUGCUGAUAUUUGUUCUGUCAAUGAUAUCAGGACUUAUGAUAAUUCUACAUCAGAUUACUCUCCAGCAAAUGCAAAACCAGAUAUAAAGUUGCAAACUCCUAUGAAAUAUGCAUCUCAGGUGCAUGGAAAAGAGAAGUUGGAUGAGCCUUAUGAAGGCGCAAAGAUUUCGGUAAACUUUACAAGUCUAUCGGCUGCGACAAAGAGCUCAGGUGAUCUGGUGUUUUGUGUGGCAAACUCCAGAGCUGACCCAAUUGCUGUGAAGAAAGGUUUGGACUGGGCAUGUGGACCUGGUUUAGCAAACUGCACUGCCAUUCAGCCAGGCCAACCUUGCUAUGAACAAGGAAACUUGACUGCCUUGGCAUCUUAUGCCUACAAUGACUACUAUCAGAAAGCGAGAGUCAACGGUGGAACUUGUAACUUCGAUAAUUCAGCCAUAAUCACUACUACUGAUCCUAGCCAUGGUUCCUGCAUCUUCACUGGAAGGUAA